AUGCCUGUCAUUCGGAAUAUCCCAGACGCCAAAAGGAGAGUCCGGACAGGCUGCCUCUCAUGCCGGAAGCGAAGACGAAAAUGUGAUGAAGGCAAGCCCCAAUGUGGGAGCUGCCAGGAGAGAAAUGUCGUCUGUAAAUACCCGGAUCUUACCUUUGUCAUAGGCCCCAAGCUUGGUGCCCAGGAAAAAGGAGGUUCCUCAUCGGAGCAACCUGCCUCAUCUUACUCCAAUGUGAGGGCUCCGAUACAGUCGACUGAGGUCCAGGUAUCUGCUCAAGAUGAGGGGCUGUCAUUGCAUGUUGGAGAGUCGCGGCCUCUCCUCGGACCAGGAGAUGAGAAUAUCUUGGACAGCUUCAUCGGCAGCUCGAGCUCUCAGUCAAAAACGGCCUCUCCGUUCGCCGCCAUUCAUCUACCGCAGUCCGAAUGGAAAGACUAUUUUACGACUACUCAUGCAGCUUCUGUUAAAAAUGAAACUGCUACCCUGCUUCACUUUCAGUAUAACCUCGCGCCGUGGAUAGAAGCAGGCGACGUAGGAUCUUCCUUUGGGACUGAAAUCAUGCUACUUGCACAGAAACGACGGUCAAUCUUGUCUGCGAUUUCGUCGGCUGCUUCUAUCCAGCUAGCUAGGUCCAACUCGGCGUAUGGAGGACCUGCAGUGCUUCAGCGGGAUACCGACCCGUCUCUUGCCCUUGAAGAGCCAAGAGUAAGGCGGAUUGGAUUGGCGCUGCUGGCCCUGGGAGAAGUUUUCACUCUGAAUCCUUCUCAAUGGAGAAGGCUCUCCUUUUUCCAAUCGGAUGAGUCCACGAGAAAUACCAACAGCUUUUCAGGGUUUGGAGAGCCGCUCGAGACCUUGUUGCGAUUUCACUCUAGGAUUGACCUUGCAGCGUCAUUGUUGACAGAUCAACCACCGCUGACGUCUUUGGGAUUCGCCAUGAAUCACGAUCCAGCGGAUCGUACUCUUCCAUUAUCGACAAAGUCCAUCUACAAUGCCUGUCUUAUUCAACUCGCCAGCUGUCUCCAACUACUCAAUGGCAACAAUAGUACCAAUAUUGCUUCUGCCUCACCACCUUUCUACAUGUCGGCAACUCAAGAACCAAUGUCCCCAACUGCAGGCUCAUACUUCUCGUCGAAAUGGUCCUCUCUAUGGUCAAAUUGCCAGCAGUGGUACCACAGCCGCCCGGUCGAAAUGCAGCCUAUCCUGGAAAUACGCAGCGUUGAAGCUGGCCAAAUCGACGCUGACAACGAUUCCUCGUUUCCGAUACCCGUCUACACUAGCUCAAUUGCGCUGCAGUGUAAUAUUGUCUAUCACAUAUCAUCCCGCCUCCUUCUUUUACGCAAACCCCGGCUUCUGCGACUAUCUAGCCGCCAGCGUCAUCUGUCUUCGCUGAGCUGGCAUGCUCAACAAAUCGCCGGAACCGCAACGCGCAAUGAUUUCGCGGAGCAGUGGGAUCCUAUUCUCAUCGCGGGGCUGCUGUGGAUUGCUAGAGACAUGACGCAUCCGUCGCAGCAGGAGUCGCUCAUAUCAUGCUUCCGCCAGAUAUCAUCCAGCACGGGGAUCAAACUGGAUGAAGAAAUCCAGGCCCUGAGAGCGAGAUGGAACAGUUCUCAAGCGAGAGGCUAUCAACUCUCUGGUUGA